AUGAAUUUGGAAUUGUUCAAAAAUUAGAUGAAGAGAAAAUAAAUUGAAUUUAAAAUCUAAAUAAAAUAUUAGAGAGCAGAAGAACUGAUUAUUCAAAAGAAUCCUUUGAUUAAGCUAAAAGUGAAAUUUAAUUACCAGAACAAAAAAUUACUACCAUUGAACCUCUUGAAUAAAGAUUGCUCAAAAGUGCUAGGGUUUAAUCAACUGUCUAAUAAGCAUUGUUGAUUUAUCAAGAAAGGUCUAAAUUAUUCGAAUAGAAAAAUAAUCCAAACCUAUUACAGAAGUAAAAGGAUUUUGCAAACCAUAUUUAGAAACUAAUGGAGGCUUAGAGUUUCUGAAAUUUGCUCCCGAAAAUCCACCUAUAAAAAAAUUAAGAUAAAAGAUUUUCCAUAUAAUUGAUGAACCACAGGAAUUAUAAUAAAUAGAGUAAUUUGACAAUAAACCAGAGAGCAUAGUUCUUUUAGAAUAACAUCAUCCAUAGCCAUAAUAUAAUAAUAAGAUAAUAUAUCAAUAGGCUGCUUCUGUAAGUAAAUAAGAAAUGAAGGUAUGCAUCAAACCAUAAUUAGAACUCUUCAUAAGAAAAACAAUUUGGAUGAACUCAUAGAUAAAAAAGACCUUAUGGUUACUGAUGAUAUUAAUUAUAGUUUAAAAAAAGAUCUUUUAAUAUAUCCUAUUACAGUCUAUUUUUGGGAUAUCAAAUAAAAUCGAAGAUAUGAAUACAAAAUUAAUGUAAAAAAUGAAGAUAUCUUGGCCAAAAGAAUUGUAUUCAAAUAACCUUUAAAUACUAAAAUAAAAGAAUUAAUGAAAUAAAUGGGAUCUUUAAAUAUUUUUAAUAUUUAAUUUUUUAGAUCUCUUUAGGAUUAGUCAGAGAAGUCUUUAUUCAAAUAUAAACCGAUAAAUUAGGCCAAUUUUCUGAUGAAUUCUAAAUCUUGUCUAAGCAUUUAAUUUAUACAAUUCCAAUAAAUAAAUGGUAAUGUUCUUGAGCCAACAAUCUUUGACAAACUUGAUUCUAAAUAAGUUAAACUUUCUAGUAAACCAAUAUUGAAGAAAUAAGUCAAAGAUUUAUUAUCAGUAUUAUUCCAUUCUUUAAUUUAGUAAUUAAAAUAAUAAAAUAAUAUUGGAGAUAGUCAAGUUUCUGAUUUGCUUCCUAAAAUUAAUUAUGACAAAAAUUAUAAAAUUGAUCCAUUUCAAAGUCAAAAGAAAGAAGAUUAAUCUUAUGAGGAUGAAAAUUGA